AUGAAAACUAACUCAAAAGUCUGGCUCCAAUGAAGAUCACAAAAAAAUUGCUCUACUCUUUAGAAAAGUCAAGAAUUGUUUGAAGAAAAAGAGAAAUGAGAGAUUUAGAAGAUCACCAAGGAAAAACUAAUGAUACAACAUAAAUUAAGAGACAUUUGAGACUCAAAAAAAGAGAAACCAGCGCCCUUCAACAUCUCUCAUAACAUGUUCUACGCUGUUAAAAGCUAGAUCCAGAUGAGGUGUGUGAUGCAUAGCUAAAAAAAUGCCAGUCACUAUCUGAAUGACUAAACAAAUACCAGCUAACGGACUGAACCCCCACCAAUAACUAAGAUUGCUCGGGGUUGGAUGAUCCAUCAAAUGCUGGUUAAGUGUAGAGGCUAUAAGUUGUUUAAGAGGAGAGAAUUGUUGGUUCCUUAUAGUCAUUUCUCUUUUCUAUCGGCUGUAGGUUGUGACAACUCCUGUUCCCCCUUAUUCACCCCGAACUUGAUGGAAUUUGGCUUCGCUGCACCCUGAAUUCAUAAAAAAACUGCAUGAGAAGAUUCAUCUCAUUUCAUUUUGGCGAGAGGGAGGCAGUGAACCACCAGGGCUACUUAUUUGUCAGUUGGUUGAUUCUCGACGAACUCAUUCAGAGCAAACUGUCAGUUUCUUAAGGCUUAAACUUUUCAUUAAGAAACCAAUGAAAGAUAAGUAAGGAACUCCUUUCACUUAAAAGUUUUGGCUGCGCUACCUACCCCUUGAACGUCGAUUUCAAAACAAAGAAAGAACUCAAAUGAAAGCAACACUCUUUGCUUGUUGUCCUAUUACUCUUUUUGCCUGCCUUGUGGAGCUUCGGAAAGGAGAUAAUGUAAGAAAAACACUCUCGGAAACUCUUCUUGGACGAGAGAGAAUCAUUAUUAUAUUGGCGUUGGUUCUACCAACGAAACGAAUAACUUUUUUGUCUUUGUCAUUCGGAAGGCCCUAUUUUGUUGCUGGCCCACACCCAGACUCUGACUUCAAUGGUGGGAACAACCUCCGCACUCCGGCGUGAACAUGAACAACUUACGAAUUUAAGAAUAGUUUUAAAUCUCUCGGAAGUGACAUUUGUCACUUAAUAUGUUGUUUCACGCGGUGAUCUUCUAUCUUUCCAAGUUCCCUAUACGUAGUCUAUGUCCGGGGAGACAGGUGCAGUAGAGAGGACCCCCACUUCGAUUCCCGUCAUGUUAGCAUCUCCGAUCCGAGUCCAUUAGAUCUUUUCUUUCGGUUUGGAGCCGGACGGUAA